AUGACUGACCCCCAAGCCAGGACGGGCAAUGCUUUCCCAGCUGCUCCUCCGGCUUCCCCUCCGCAUUCCACUUCAACCACAGAACCCCUGAUUCAAUUCCAGUCCCCGCAAGUCUGGACCGAACUGAACGUUUCGGAAGAUGACGACGACUCGGCCCUCGGCGACGACAGUGCGAGCUCCACGGAGUCUUUGGCGUCUAGCAUCCGGAAAUAUCGCGUUCUGAACGGGCGCACGUAUCACCAUAACCAAGACGAGACGCACUACUGGGGCCCUAAUGACGACCGACAGAACAAUACGCUCGAUCUUGGGUCAGGACGGGCACUGUUAAGCAUCCAAAUGGACGACUUCACAAAGCCAUGGAUGUUUGACGACAACUCAUUUGACUAUGUGCACUUGCGCUGGCUUGUUGGCAGCGUAGAGAACUGGACGGAUCUGUUCAAGGAGGCGUACAGAGUCCUGAAGCCAGGCGGGUACAUUGAGACCUUCGACCUUGACGGCAACAUUACCUCGGACGACGGCACUGUAACCGAAAAGACGGCCAUCUCUCAAUGGGGUUUUAUCUUCCAGGAAGGCGCCCGGAAGCUUGGUUCGCGCGCCUCUUACAACCCGAUCGGAGAAGGUCUGCAGCACCGAGCUCUUGUUGAUGCAGGCUUUGCCAACAUUACCGAGAAGCCGUUCAAGCUUCCAACCUCUGAAUGGCAUGAUGACCCGAUCCUGCACGAGGCUGGCCAGUUCAGUCGUGCGACUAUCAUGAACGAUAUUGAGGGAUUUAUAGGCAUGAUGGCCACCCAACUCGGCUGGACUACGGAAGAGAUAUCUGUGUACUCCGCCCACCUGCGCCGAGAAUUGCGGAGUCUGAAGAUACACGCCUACUUUAACGUCUGCGCAGCUUACGCCCAGAAGCCUGUGGACGUGUAG